AUGAGUACGAGCAAAGAUGAUGCCCCUCGUGAACUAGAGAGCCAAUUUAUCCUACGCCUACCUCCAGAAUAUGCCUCUACUGUGAGGAGAGCACUGCAGUCUGAUCAGGUCAACCUGAAGGACAGACUGACAAUUGAAUUACAUCCUGAUGGACGUCAUGGAAUCGUCAGAGUGGACGGGGUCCCAUUGGCCUCAAAAUUGGUCGAUCUUCCCUGUGUUAUGGAAAGUUUGAAAACCAUUGAUAAAAAAACCUUUUACAAGACAGCUGAUGUCUGUCAGAUGCUUGUGUGCUCAGUUGAUGGUGAUCUCUAUCCCCCUGUGGAGGAACCAGUUGCCAGGACUGAUCCAAAGGCAAGUAAGGAAAAGGAUAAGGACAAAGAGAAGAAGUUUAUCUGGAAUCACGGUAUUACUCUGCCUCUAAAAAAUGUCAGAAAAAGAAGAUUCCGGAAGACAUCAAAAAAGAAGUACUUUGAAUCUCUAGAUGUGGAAAAAGAAGUGAAACGGUUGCUGAGUGCAGAUGCCGAAGCUGUCAGUAUUCGGUGGGAAAUAAUUGCUGAAGAUGAAACAAAAGAAACAAAAAAUCAAGGCCUUGAUAUCUCUUCUCCAGGAAUGUCUGGUCACAGGCAGGGCCAUGCCUCAUUAGAACAUGCUGAGCUGUGGGAGAUAUUCAAUAACCUCAGCAGUAGCAGUGAAGAUGAAGAAGAUAGAAACAUCAUUGACACUGAGGAAGAUCUGGAAAGACAGCCACGAGACAAGCUGAAUGAAUCAGACAAACAUCACCAAGAAAGGGAAGGAACCAGUCAGCUGGUUAUGGAGAUUCAGAAACAGAUUGAUAAUGUGAAAGGCAAGCUCCAAGAGACCCAGGACAGGGCAAAACGAUACGAGUAUCUCAUCAUGAAAGUGGAAAAUCUAGUUCUCAAUAACAGAUUUCAGGCUGUGCUAGAAGAACUCAAACAAAGGGAAGAUCGAGAAAAGGAACAGCUCAGCUCUUUGCAAGAGGAGCUAGAAUCACUCCUAGAGAAGUGA